GUGGAAGGCUGUUCAAUUAAAGAAGUGCUUCUCCAGCUCAUUGCGGUCUCGACGCUGGUCAAGGUAAUUCGGGUUCAAGGAAAGUCCAAACGAUCCAAGAGUCUGAGGACCCUGUGCCAGCCAUCGCCGCGAGCUGCUCCAUCAUCUACAGCUCAGCAAGAUGUCUAUAUUAGGCCCAUUUUUAUCGACGUUAGAGGUAUCACUUAUUCCCGAAGUGGUCCAAUUGAUACAACUCGCGCUAGCCGCUCUCACGGUUCUGCAUCUCGGUGCCGAGAACUACCCGCCACAGGCAACUGUCUCCGAUGGAGAUAAGUUUGACUUCAUCGUGGUGGGCGCUGGGUCGUCUGGCACGGUGGCCGCCGCCCGCCUUUCAGAGAUAGCCAACUGGAAGGUGCUGCUUAUCGAAGCCGGAGACAACCCACCUAUUGACUCUGUGAUUCCCGGCUUGUUUCCUUUGUUGGACUACUCUACGGACUAUGACUGGAAUUACUACAGUGAUAACGACGGUUACUCCGUCCAGGCUCACAAGACGAAAACCAUCCAUUUAACUAGAGGCAAGAUGGUUGGGGGUUCCAGUGGCUCCAAUUAUAUGUUCUACGUGCGAGGCAAUAAGGCCGACUUCGAGCAGUGGGUCAACCUGGGAGCCGAUGGAUGGGAUUGGAACAAUGUCACUUACUACUUUAAAAAGAGCGAAGGUCUUAAAAGCUCGGAGGUCUUGAAAUCAGAUUCAGCUGAUCUGCACAAUACUGACGGCCCCUUGGGAAUUACACGAUCGACUUGGAAAAAAGAAACUAAAAAUUAUCUCGAGGCAUUCGGAGAAAAACAUAAAAUCCUCGUUGAUACAAAUGGUCACGAGCAGAUUGGUUAUUCACUUCCUCAGUUCACGAUUGCUGACGAAAGACGACAAAGCACUGCAGAGGCAUUCCUCAAACCAAUCAAAGAUCGAGAAAAUCUUUUUGUCCUCAAAAACACCUUAUGCACGAAAAUACUUUUCGAUAAAACUAAUAGAGCUACCGGAGUACAAGUGAAAUUACCGAACAAGCAAACGAUUAGUCUUUACGCUACCAAGGAAGUAAUCGUAUCAGCUGGUGCUAUAAAUACCCCCCAGCUCUUAAUGUUAUCGGGAAUCGGACCUAAACACCAUUUGAUUGAAAAGGGCAUUGAAGUAUUGUUAGACUCGCCAUUAGUCGGUCAAAACUUACAAGACCAUGCAUUAGCACCAGUUAUGGUAACAGCUAAAAAAGGAGCCCAAUCAGUAACUCAGAACCUUGAAGCUUUUAAAAAUCUAGACAAAUUUCCGCCUGCCAUUUUAGGGUUUGCUGCUCUAUCAGAUGCCAGCACAGUUCCAGAAUACCAAGCAUCGGUGUUACCACUUACAGCCGGCUCAAUUAUGUCGACGUUGAUGUGUACUUACACACUUGGCCUGGAUGAUAAGAUCUGCAAAGCUGUUGCAGAGGCGACCCAGGAGCAGGCAAGUCUUUUCACGACAAUAACACUUCUGCAUCCAGAUUCCAAAGGAUACGUCGAGUUGAGCAAGAACGAUCCUGAAGUCGCUCCAAAAAUAUUCCUUAAUUACUAUGCAAGUGACACAGAUUUGGAGAAUCAUGCAAAAUAUUUACAGGAUUACUUGGACGUUAUAAAUAGCACGUAUAUGAAGAGCUUAAAUUCUGAGGUUGUAAAUAUGGAGGUACCUCAGUGUGUUGAUAUAGAAUUUAAUACUCGUGAUUACUGGAAAUGCCACAUUUUGAAUACUGCCUCAACUCAAUGGCAUCCAUCGGGAACUUGCCAAAUGGGGUUUGAAGGAAAAGGCGUCGUAGAUGCUGAAUUGAGAGUAUGGGGUACUACAGGGCUAAGGAUUUGCGACGCGAGUGUCAUGCCAAGUAUUACUCGUGGCAACAUUAAUGCUCCCUGUAUAAUGAUCGGAGAAAAACUGGCUGAUAUGAUUAAACAAACAUAUGGUCAAUAAAAUUACAAAUUUUGCACCCUAUACUAACUACAACUUACUGUGUGACCUAAGAGUUCACAGGUGGAGAAUAGGUAUCUUUGGCAUAUGUAGGGAAUCUGUACAAUUUUUACUAGACCGAUAAAUUAAUAUACAAAUAAGUAACUUUUGUUUUUAUUCCGACUCUAAACUAUUUGCAAAAAUAAAGGAUAUGAGUAAAAUGCUGUCCACGAAAGCUAAAAACAUAAAGUGGGAGUUUUAUUUAG